AUGCCUCCAAGAUCAGAAACCUUCCCGGGGGGCAUCGUCAAGUUAACCAACCUCCUAGCACAUCUCAACGCGACGCCACGGUUGACUCUGUCCGGCGUCAAACGCCUCCGCCUUUCCCUCGCGUCUCAAAAUGACCACUUCGGUGCACGGCAUUUUGUAAAGGAGAACCUACCUCAAAUACGAUGGGCGAACCCAGCUUUGGAUAUUGAAGUCCGACGGGAACGAAAGUCGAAAAGCGAGCAGUGGAGAGCAGAGAUGGAACUAGAAUUCAGUGCGCACACUUCCCCUUCUUCAUCUUUAAUUUGCGCGGCGGCGAACUGGAACUUUGACCAAAAACGCACAGAUGACGGCAACGUGCACAAGUUCGACAUCAACGACAAACGGUCGACGACUAUCCUUAAAGAACUUAUGAACACCGCCGGCGGGGACCCAUGGAAGAGCCACGUUGUCCACUGCGAAAAGACGGGGCGGCCUGUGCUCCCGGAAGAAGAAAAUGAAGAGGUGGACACAAAGUCGGAGAGCAAGCCAAGUUCGUCGAAACUCCCUACGCUAGACGAGUACCUCGAGAAACACCCGGAGAAGAAAGCCGAGCAUGUGCGGAAGCAGGCUGCUGCAGGGAAGAAGAAGAAGCCUGCAAAGCGGGCGAAAUCUAAAGCUCCUCCGCCGAAACCAUUCGCCACUCCCCUCUCAACUUGA